AUGUUAGAAAUUCCAAAACUUAAAAAAUUUAUAUUCCCCAUAAUUGGAACAUUAACCAUAUUUCAAUAUUCACUUCAAUAAUCAAUGCCAAUUCAUACUUUAAAUAAUUUUGUCCAAUCCUCUAAAACCCCAAAAUAGGCAACUGAAACUUUGAUAUUAUAAAAUGGAAUCUAUAUAUUUGGUUGUGUUUUGGGAACAGAGAUGUACAAGUAUUACAUUUUAUAAAUAAGUAUUAGAUUAUUAGCAAAUCAAUCUAGCAAAUUUAUAUUUCUAUUAUCAGAUGUAAUCUAUUUCUUAAGUAAUUGCACUAUAAUACUAUUAAAUUUUUAAAGUCCUAAUAAUAAAGAUAAUCCUUAAGAUGAGAGUGAUAAAAUAUAGAUAUCUUUAUAGCCAAUUGAUAUUUAUUUGAUUUUAAGAGUUUUUGUAGGAAUUGCUAAUGGAUUGAAUUAUGCAUAAUCAAUCAUUUAUGUUAAAUAAAUGAGUUCGAAAAAAGAAAGUUAAUUUUUCUUUAAACUAAUCCCACUUUAAUUGCUAAUAGGACAGUGUUUAGGAGCUUAUUGGCUUGAAUCUGAUCCACAAAAUCCUCCUGAUCUAAUAACUUAUCUAAAUAUUAUUCUCAUACUUAAUUUUGUAAGUGUUCUUCGAAUGAUUCUACUUUAAUUUUUAUAAAUUGAAACUCCUCAAUAUUAUCUUAAAAUUCUUAAAGAUUCAAGAAGAUCGAAAAUGAUUUAUUAAGAAAUUCAUAAUGAUAAUAUAUAAACAUAUUUUGGAUUUGAAUAAGACACUUUAAGAAACAAUUUAAAUUAAAAUACUUCUGAAUAUUUGAUUUCAAAACCUUAUUUAAAGAAGUAUUUUAAAUGCUGUUUAUUAAUUGUUCUAACAUAAUUUACAGGAGAAACUUUGAUUUUUUCAUUCCUUUAUACUCCUCUUAAUAAAUAUUGUAAUAGUUAAAAGAAUGAUUGUUAAAAAUAUUGGAUAUAUGCUUUUAUUACUGGAUUCCUUAUGAUUUUGCUUCAAAUGAUAUUUUAUAAUUUUAUUAAGAGAAAAAAGAUUAUUACUUUAAUUGGGUAAGCAAUUAUUUGUAUUGCUUUGGCAUUUUUAGGGUUUUCAGUUGGUCUCAAAGAUAAAAGUUGGUAACUUGUUCUAUUGUAAUUUGGUUAUAGUUUGGGAAUAGGCACUUAAAUCUUUUCAAUAAUUCCAUAUUAAUUACCAGAAUUUGGAAUAUUGUAUUGUAUAAACAUUUAAUGGAUAAUUGGAUUAGUUGAAAUGUGUUUCUAUGGAUUAUUUUUAAAUAAAUUACCAAGUAGUGAUUCUUUAGAAUAGAUUCAUGCAAUACAAGAAUUAAUUUAGAUAUACUUUUUUGUAAGUUGUGUUGGAUUAAUUUUGAUAUUUAUUAUCUUGAGAGUAAGAAAACUUUCAUUUUAAUUAGCAACCCAUUAGAACUUAGCCAUAAUAGAAGAUUAAAAAAGAAGAAAAAAAGUCUAUUUGA